AAUAAAGAUUGCUUGAAAGAAGUAAACUGCACAUUUUGACAAGUGCAAAUAGGAAUAUACUUGCCUGAUUAGUGAUAGAAUGGAUUGGCCGGGUAGAUGGAGCCACAUUCAGAAGAUGCUAGAGAGGACAGGCCCAUUUGCCCACCCAGACUUUGAGCCCAGUACAGAGACGUUGAAGUUUCUCCAGGAGACCUGUAAAAUUCUAGUGAUUGGUUCUGGAGGCCUUGGCUGUGAACUCCUUAAAGAUUUAGCACUACUUGGGUUUCAGAACAUUGAUGUGAUAGACAUGGACACCAUUGAUGUCUCCAAUCUUAAUAGACAGUUUCUCUUCAGAGCUAAAGAUGUAGGAAGACCUAAAGCUGAAGUGGCUGCAGAGUUUGUAAACAACAGGGUUACAGGAUGUAAAGUUACGCCCCAUUACUGUAAAAUCCAGGAUUUUGAUGAAUCUUUUUACAGGCAAUUCCACAUCGUGGUGUGUGGAUUGGAUUCCAUUGUAGCCCGGCGAUGGAUCAAUGGAAUGCUGAUCAGUCUGCUACAGUAUGAUGACGGGGAACUGGACCCCGGCUCAAUCGUCCCUAUGGUAGACGGGGGAACAGAGGGGUUUAAGGGGAAUGCUAGAGUUAUCCUCCCUGGAAUGACGGCCUGUGUGGAUUGUACACUCGAUCUUUACCCUCCUCAGGUAAAUUUUCCUCUGUGUACAAUUGCCCACACCCCGAGGCUACCAGAGCACUGUAUAGAGUACGUCAGAAUUCUACUGUGGCCUAAAGAAGAACCUUUUGGAAGUGGUGUAAUUAUUGAUGGAGAUGACCCCCAUCACAUCAAAUGGAUCUUAGAAAAAUCUAUAGAGCGAGCCAAUGAGUACAACAUAAAGGGAGUUAACUACAGAUUGACACAGGGUGUGGUCAAAAGAAUUAUCCCUGCUGUGGCCUCAACCAACGCUAUAAUAGCAGCUGCUUGUGCAACAGAAGUUUUUAAAAUAGCAACAAGUUGCUGUUUGCCGUUAAAUAAUUACAUGAACUUUAACGACACGGCGGGCAUCUAUACUUACACAUUUGAAGCUUUAAAAAAGGAAGACUGUGUGGCUUGCAGCAAUAUACCUCAAGUUUUAACAUUCUCAGAGAACGAUAAACUCCAAGACGUUAUAACAUAUCUUAUAGAAAGUGCUACGUAUCAAAUGAAGUCCCCAGGUAUCACUACUUCAGUGGAUGGUAAAAACAAAACUCUGUACAUGCAGACUGUCAAAUCUAUAGAACAACGGACAAAGGACAACCUCAAGAAAACACUUAAAGAAUUGGGACUAUCAGAUGGCCAGGAGUUAUAUGUAGCUGACCCCACAACGCCAGCAUCUUUGACCUUCAAACUACAAUUAGGGUCAAACAUGGAGUAAGAAAAUCACGUGACUCUCUACUGUCAUGAUCAUGUGACAUAGCACCUGACUGUGUUAAAGUGAAGGUAGAGUAGUCCUAGUGAUUCAUCCAUUUGAGGAAAUAACUCAAGACACAACACUGGGACUAAAUCUACAAAUACAUGGUGUACCUAGAAUAGAUACAUCUCAAUAGACUGGCUUAUUUACUAAUUAUUUAUUUUGUUUAUUGCUGCUUUGUACGUGUAUUGUAUGUUUUGUUAAUUGUGUUUGUAUAGAAGAAACUGAUGAAGAAGUAUGU